AUGUCUGAUGAAUUCGACUCAGAUGUCGAUGAAAAUGAACAAUUCAAACAAAGGGAAGUUAGAGAAGCAGUAUCUUUCUUAAUCGAAAUCACCCCCGAUAUUUUGUCCCCUCAAAAUGAUCUUAAUCAAACAUCACAAUUGUAUGAAAUACUAAACAGUAUCAAUGACUUGAUGCAAGAUUUGAUCAUAACUUCACGCAGCACCGGUAUUGGGAUCUACUUCUACAACUGUGCAACAACACCCCCAUUGAAAUCGAUGAAAUCCCCACCGGGAUUCAAUCGACUAUUCCACUUAAAUGUGCUUAAUUUAACCAAUAUGAAAACACUCAAUGACCUAAUUCAAAAUGUUGAUCAAUGUCCGUUAGAGUCCAUUUUCCAAUACGAACCAAUGAAACAAGAUGUGGAGCUUUGUACUGUGCUAAGCAAAAUGAUUGAUGAGUUUAUGAACAAAAGAGAAUUUAAUAAACAACGAAUGAUUUGGAUCACAAGUAAUGAUCAUCCUUUUGAGCAGGAUUCUACUUAUGAAAUGUUAUUUCGAACUAUAAAUGAUGUUUAUGCAUAUGGGUUUUAUAUUGAACCGAUUUUCCUUGAACCAAAAAGUCAUGCUUUUGAUCAUAGUCAGUAUAAGUUGAUAUUUAUGAAUUCAAACUUUAUGAAACCAUCACAACAAACACAACAAUUGCAAAAAUCACAGCAGAAUACACUAGAGACACAAGUGGACGCAAAGCAGCUGGGUGGAUUUAGCAAAGAUAGUCCAAUUCUCCAGAAGCUGGUUCUAUCUAGUCAAAUUCGGCAAAGUAUCUUGGACAUCAAGUACGUUCGACGCGUUCAAUUCACUUGUAAUUUGAUCCUAAGCGACAAUGGCAACUUGGGUGGAUCAGUGGGGUGUACUGUCAAGGGAUACAGUUUAUAUUCACAUGAAAAAAUCAAGAAGCGGGAAUUAUUACUUUAUACACGAGGUGAAUUGCUUAAACGAGUAUACACUGAAUCAAAUUAUAUCAGGGAAAAAGAUGGGUCUAAAAUCGACGUCAAGAGUGCUCAUAAUAGUGGUGGGCUAUCGUUAGCAGAACGAAAGGAACAGGCUGGUAUUAAAAAGGGAAUUGAGUUGGGUGGUGGAGCUGAUGUAUUAUUGUUAAAUCAAGAACAAAUGAAGUUUUUACGCGAUUAUACAUUUGAUCAUCGAGUUGAGGAGGAACAAGAUGAUGAUGGGGAAGAAAAAGAAGGUGUAGAUGCAGACGAGGAUUCCGAAGCCAGACCAGUACCAUUUUCUCCACCUCCAUAUUUGAAACUAAUUGGAUUCCGUGAUCUAUCCCAUUUCAAUUAUGCCUAUUCCUGCAGCGCACCAAUUUUCAUAACUGCCGAUACUUUUAAUGGAUUAGGUGGCAGUUCUUAUACUUUGAAUGGAGGUUUUACCAAUUCACAAUCAACCUUUGCAUCAUUAUAUCGUACUUGUAUCAAGUUGCAACAAUAUGCCAUGGUAUUGGGGUGUCCUAGAUCAAAUUCUAAACCACACUUGUAUGCCAUGUAUCCUACUCGAACCCAGGGGUCAACUAAAGUGGGUAGAGGAGCGGAAGGUCGUACUAAGGGCUCUGCUUCUGCUGCUUCUUCUGCUGCUGCCACCUGUGGCGAUUUCCCUCAAGGAUUUCUAUUAAUCAAAAUGCCAUGGCUAGAAGAUAUGCGAUCAUUGCCAGCAACCUACAUCAAAGAGAUAAACAGUGGUGGUGAUGAUGGAGAAACUAAAGUGAAGCUGGAAUAUACAUAUGAACAUCAAAGUGGAUCGCCAUAUGAUAAACAUAUAGUACAACAAAUGAAGCAUCUAAUUCAGCAACAAAAGAUCCAACAGUACAACCCUCGAGACUAUCCCAACCCUUCAUUAAAUCAUUUUUAUAACGUCAUUAAGCAUGAAUUGUUACAAAUGGAAUAUGAAAAGUGA